UUUCAAUCCUUAACCCUAGGGUUUAUGUGCAAGCUAUAAAACGACUAUAGCCGCAGCCUCUUCUUCAUCUUCAAAACCUUCGGUUCCUCUCGUCCUUUAGCUCACUAAUUCUUCACCGGGAAAAUGGCUCCCAAAAAAGGAAUUAAGGUUGCAUCAAAGAAAAAGCCGGAGAAAGCCGUCAACCCACUCUUUGAGAAGAGACCGAAGCAAUUUGGCAUCGGUGGCGCUCUUCCACCGAAAAAGGAUCUAACAAGGUUUGUCAAAUGGCCUCGUGUGGUCCAAAUCCAAAGAAAGAGAAGAAUCUUGAAACAACGUUUGAAGGUUCCUCCAGCAAUCAACCAGUUUACCAAGGCGCUCGACAAGAAUCUUGCAUCAAAUCUUUUCAAGUUACUCCUCAAGUACAGGCCUGAGGAUAAAGCUGCCAAGAAGGAAAGGCUUCUGAAAGCUGCUCAAGCUGAAGCUGAGGGCAAGAAACCCGAAGUGAAAAAACCUGUUGUUGUGAAGUAUGGUCUUAACCACAUCACAUACCUCAUUGAGCAGGGUAAGGCCCAGUUGGUCGUCAUUGCCCACGAUGUUGACCCUAUUGAGCUUGUUGUUUGGCUUCCUGCCCUAUGCCGUAAGAUGGAGGUUCCAUACUGCAUUGUGAAGGGAAAAGCCCGUCUUGGAACGAUUGUUCACAAGAAAACUGCGGCCGCUCUUUGCCUUACAUCUGUUAAGAAUGAAGACAAGAUGGAAUUCAGCAGAAUUGUUGAGGCUGUUAAGGCCAACUUCAAUGACAAGUUUGAUGAGCACCGAAAGAAAUGGGGAGGUGGUAUCAUGGGUUCCAAAUCUCAGGCCAAGAUGAAGGCUAGAGAGAGGGUAUUGGCCAAGGAAGCUGCCCAGAGAAUGACCUAAGCGCAAGAGACGAAAUGAGAUAUGGUUUUAGACAUUUUUAUGAUUAUGAUUAGAGUUUUAUGGAGUGUAUUUUGCCUACUUUUUGACGGUUCAGAAAUCGAUAAUUUAGUUUCUUACGUUGAAGUACUUGUUCAUCUGUUUCGGUAAUGGAUUUUGAUAUUGCCCUUUGCCACCUUAAAAUAUGAACCAACAUUGUUAAUUAUGAGAUUUCUGUAUUGUUAGUAGUUUGGUUCUUUCAAGUGCGGAUGAUAGAGUUGGAAGUUGGAAUCGAUACUCUUCUGAAAUUCUUGUGUACCUUAUGGAAAAGUUGGUUGCUA